AAAGAAAAAAAGAAAGAAAAAAGAAAAGACAGAGGGGUUAAAUCGGUCUGCCACCGAGAUUUUUUCCAGAACAGUUUAUUAGCAGCCAUGUGUUCAUAGCUAAAGACACGGGGGAAAGUUCUUGGAUCUUCCUUUUGUGUUACCGUUUUUGUUGUGAUUUUUUUUUCUCCUUGCUGGCUUUUAAUCUUGUAUUAUUUGGGUGGGAGGACUUUUUAUGGCUUACGGUGGAUAAUCAAAAAACAAAGCAAAACCCCUUUCUCGGUGCAAAAACUGAUAUAAAUGCGUGGAAUAUCCUCUGGAUCAAGACUGAAUGCGUGUUAAAAACUACUUUUUUUGAGGGUUAAAACACACGUGAGGCAAAAAAAAAAAAAGCACCUUUUGCAGAAGAUAUCUGUCAUUUCUUCCCCUAAAAUACUUUCCUUGGAAUAUUGUGAACAUAUUUGUGGCCAUUUAAGGUUUGUGUGAUUUUGCUAAAAUGCAUCACCAACAGCGAAUGGCUGCCUUAGGGACGGACAAAGAACUCAGUGAUUUACUGGAUUUCAGUGCGAUGUUUUCACCUCCUGUGAGCAGUGGAAAAAAUGGACCAACUUCUUUGGCAAGUGGACAUUUUACUGGCUCAAAUGUAGAAGACAGAACUAGCUCAGGGUCCUGGGGGAAUGGAGGACAUCCUAGUCCAUCCAGGAACUAUGGAGAUGGAACUCCGUAUGAACAUAUGACAAACAGGGACCUUGGAUCACAUGACAAUCUAUCGCCUCCUUUUGUGAAUUCCAGAAUACAAAAUAAAACAGAAAGGGGCUCCUAUUCAUCAUACGGGAGAGACUCAAACUUACAGGGUUGCCACCAGCAAAGUCUCCUCGGAGGUGACAUGGAAAUGGGCAACCCCGGAGCUCUCUCACCCACCAAACCUGGCUCUCAGUACUAUCAGUAUUCUAGCAAUAACCCGCGAAGGAGGCCUCUGCACAGUACCUCUGUGGAAGUACAGACAAAGAAAGUUCGAAAGGUUCCUCCAGGUUUACCAUCUUCAGUUUAUGCCCCUUCUGCGAGCACCGCCGACUACAAUCGGGAUUCACCAGGCUACCCAUCCUCAAAACCAGCAGCCAGCACUUUUCCUAGUUCUUUCUUCAUGCAAGACGGUCAUCAUAGCAGUGAUCCGUGGAGCUCCUCCAGCGGAAUGAAUCAGCCUGGUUAUGGCGGGAUGUUGGGCAAUUCUUCUCAUAUUCCACAAUCCAGUAGCUAUUGCAGUCUUCAUCCUCACGACCGCUUGAGCUACCCAUCACACUCCUCCUCAGACAUCAAUUCCAGUCUUCCUCCAAUGUCCACUUUCCAUCGUAGUGGCACGACCCAUUACAACACUUCUUCCUGUACACCACCUGCAAACGGAACAGAUAGCAUUAUGGCAAACAGAGGAAGCGGAGCUGCAGGAAGUUCACAGACAGGCGAUGCACUGGGGAAAGCACUUGCAUCUAUCUACUCUCCAGACCACACCAACAACAGCUUUUCAUCAAAUCCUUCAACUCCCGUUGGUUCUCCCCCUUCUCUCUCAGCAGGCACAGCUGUUUGGUCUAGAAAUGGAGGGCAAGCAUCAUCAUCUCCCAAUUAUGAAGGUCCCUUACACUCUUUGCAAAGCCGGAUCGAAGACCGCUUGGAAAGACUGGAUGACGCUAUUCAUGUUCUCCGGAACCAUGCAGUGGGGCCUUCAACUGCCAUGCCCGGUAGUCAUAGCGACAUGCAUGGUUUAAUAGGACCCUCUCAUAAUGGAGCAAUGGGAGGUCUUGGAUCAGGAUAUGGGACAGGCCUUCUUUCAGCCAAUAGGCAUUCGCUAAUGGUCGGGGCUCACCGAGAGGACGCAGUUGGUCUCCGCGGCAGCCAUUCGCUUGUGCCAAACCAGGUUCCCGUUCCACAGUUGCCAGUGCAGUCUGCUACGUCCCCCGACUUAAACCCGCCUCAAGAUCCAUACAGAGGAAUGCCAACUGGACUUCAGGGACAAAGUGUGUCUUCGGGGAGCUCCGAAAUCAAAUCUGAUGACGAGGGAGACGAAAACCUCCAGGACGCAAAAUCUUCUGAUGACAAGAAGUUAGACGACGACAAGAAGGAUAUCAAAUCAAUUACUAGGUCAAGAUCUAGCAAUAAUGACGACGAAGAUCUUACACCAGAGCAAAAGGCAGAACGCGAGAAAGAAAGGAGGAUGGCCAACAAUGCCCGCGAGCGCCUCCGUGUCCGUGACAUCAACGAGGCCUUCAAGGAGCUGGGCCGGAUGGUGCAGCUCCACCUGAAGAGCGACAAGCCCCAGACCAAACUCCUGAUCUUACAUCAAGCCGUAGCUGUUAUCCUCAGCUUAGAGCAGCAAGUCAGAGAAAGGAAUCUGAAUCCUAAAGCAGCGUGUCUGAAAAGAAGGGAAGAAGAGAAAGUAUCUUCGGACCCUCCUCCGCUUUCUUUGGCAGGACCGCACCCUGGGAUGGGAGACACAUCGAAUCACAUGGGACAGAUGUAAAAAACAAAAGGUCCAAGUUGCUACAUUUUCUUCAUGUAAACCAGAGACCACUUCCUUAACAGCUGUAUUAUCUUAAACCCACAUAAACACUUAACCCCCCUUUUUUGUAAUAUAAUAAGACAAGUCUGAGUAGUUACGAAUCACAGACGCACGAGAUUUCAGCAUUCCCAAUUCUGAAACGAAACAAAAAAAAAAGGAAAAAGUGCAACUUGAGGGACGCCUCUCUUCAACAUAUCAUUCAGAAUGUUUCGAGCAGUACGUCAGGAGCUGUAAAAAAUGCACAGCCAAGAGACUGAAUGGCAAUCUUCUCCACACUGUGGGACAAUGCAUUUGUGCCUAAACUUCUUUUGGAAAAAAAUAUAAUUAAUUUGUAAGUCUGAAAAAAAAUAUUUAAUUUAAAAAAAUUGUAAACUUGCAAUAAUGAAAAGUGUACUUCUGAAGAAAAAAAAUGAACGUUUUUGUUGGUGUACUAGUCCGCUAGUGUUUAUACUUACUGGAUAUUAAAAAGGGAAGCAUUGCUGCCCACGUAUUUACAAAAACCAGCAAAUGUCCUAAUGAAAACUGAAGUGAUGACAUUAGCCAUUCCUUAGGGUAGGAGGAACAGAUGGAUCUUAUAGACCUAUGACACACACACAC